UAAAACCAAGAUCCACUUAUAAUUUGAAUCAAAUGAGCAUUCAGAACUGAAACUCCAGACACUGUGUUUGAGUUUGACUCUUUUCCAGGUUCUUCUCUUAAAGUUGCUGAGUGUUUUGUCACCAGACGCUAGCAGAAAGUUGACGGAAACAGAACUUCUUGUUUUUAUAGUUACCAAACUUGUCCUGCAGAACUAAAAAAAAUCAUAAUGUCCUGACACGCUCAGGCAUUAAGCUGCAGGACAUAAUCAUGCAAAACGCCCUAAUCAUGGUGUUUAUUUAGCUAACAUCUUUUGGAAUGGGCUGUUUGAUCUUGAAAUAAUCAAAUCUGUGCAUGCAUGGCGAUUAUGAGUCUCUUUUUUGUGUCCUGAGCUGUGAACGCACACACUGCACGCCUGCCAGAGGAAACAGCCAUCAGAGCCGAGACUUGCGCAACCGCUGGGCUGAGAAACUGCUCUUGUUACUGUAGUCGAAAUACUCCAAACAGCCGCAGGGAGAAGGAGGAGAGAUUGCCAAGCUCAAUGGAAUAAAUGUGAUUUAUUGAACUUUUUCGGUUUCGACAGAUUUUACCACGUACCUGUGAGUUCACCUAAGGACAAAAAAUAUGGUUUAUCAGAUCCAGAUCCACCCUAGAGACUGAGUGAAAGAAAACCAGUGCUUUGGAAUGGUUUGGAUAUCCAUUUCUUAGAGAGAUUCUUUCACUCUUUUCUUUCUCAGCCAGAGAAAUAAUGAACAACGAUCGAGCUUUGAGCGCUUAAGGAUAACGUUAUACCGCUCGCUAACGCUCAGUCCAAGAAUGAGUGGUGGAAAGAAACGGAGCGGUUUUCAAAUCACCAGUGUUACAUCGGAUUACAAUCAGGGAUCUGGGGAGAACAAUCUGACGGAGUUACUCAGCCCUGGGAGUCAAAGAGCCACGCCCACUUCAGCAAGAGGCCCCGCCCAUGGGCGGAGCCCCAGAAGCCAGACUGCAUCGCCCACUCAAAUUUUAUCCAAUGGUCCGUUACUCCGUCAUAGCUCCGCCUUCCAGACGCAACAAAGCUCUAGUCAGCCGUCGACGCCCGUCACGACUAGGAAGCAGAAUUCGCUGGACUCGAGCGGGGCGUCGCGGUUUCGCGUGGUGCGUUUGGACCAGGGACCGGGAGAACCGUACAAACGCGGUCGAUGGACUUGCGUAGAUGUGAUUGAGAGAGAGGUCGAGGAGCGAGGCCUCCGCCGAGUGAUUGACAGCAUGAGACACGCCCACUCGCUGGAGUCCUUGGAAACGGUGGGGCUGGGCGGGGGCGGAGUCGAAGGCGCGGUGGGUGGAGCCAGACUGAAGCCGUUGGGGGUGCACACAGGUCACAUGGUACACUCGCAGGGCACCCUGUACUUGCUCAGCCAAUGCCGGACAGACUCCGCCCACAGCGGCCUACCUUCCCCCUCACAUGACUCGCAGCCAAUCACGUCGCCACAUCUGCCGAACACGCCCCGGAUACGCAACAUACCCGCUCCGCUGCGCCUCGACAUGGACGCCGUUGGCAAGCUCCGGACCACCCGCUCACAAGCCGGCUUCUCCUGGGCCACACCUGGGUCGGGACAGUCCCUUCCAUUCCGGACUCACGCCCAUCCAGACGCCGUCCCGCCUUUGCGCUGGCGCAGGUCCCAUGUUCGGCAUGGGGCGAGCGUUCGAGCUCGUGGGAGACGACGGUAUGCAGCCUGUGUUCGUGUGUGCCGGUGGGUGGAGUGUGGAAUGCUGGGAGCCGUGUGGGCGGGCACAGAAUCCCAGCACAUCCACAGUGUCCUGGAGAUCGGUGAGAUGACGGGUCAGACAGGUGGACUUUCUCCCCAGAUUACACUAAUCCCGGGAUUUGGCUUGGAUUGGGCCAGUUUGACGGAUUACAGCACAAUGGACGGAGGUCUGACACAAACAGAGAAUCCGAUCCUUCUUGAUGGAUCCUCAGCUGACUCUAAGCCACACCCCUCAUGUUUAAGCCCCGCCCAUUCAACUGUGAUUUGUCGGCCACGCCUCCAUGCAGGAGAAACGAAUGUGACUGGUGGAGCUCGAAGGGUUCGUGACUCUUGGCCAAUCGGGAAGCUUGAUUACUAUCCGAGGGCUGGAUGCUUAGCGCUUUCCGCGGAAACCAAACAGCCAAUCAGCAGCAAGCGCUUUCCGCAUACGUCAUCCAGAAACAAACCAGGCAGAAACUCCACAUCGAAACCCAGCAUCUCCUCCACAGAAACAGACACAGCUCCCCCUGCUGGCCACUCUCAGACACAGCGCUCGGGAAAUAAUCCCAGGUCUGUUCGUUUCGGAUCGUCCUGCCAGUCCAGUGUUCGCGAUCAGAUAUGUCAGAAUCCCGAGUGGGACUCAUUGACUUCCAUUGUGAGAGAAAAGAGAGGCGGAGCUCUUACGCACAAACACAGGCUCCGCCCCUCUGACUCCACCCUCCUUUCGCUUCUGCUUUUCCUCCACAGUGGAACUAACAGCAGUAUGAUCGCCAUCGAUAACAAGAUAGAGCAAGCCAUGGACCUGGUGAAGUCUCACCUGAUGUUGGCGGUGCGAGAGGAGGUGGAGGUGCUGAGAGAACAGAUUAAAGAGCUGGCGGAGAGAAACGCUCAACUGGAGAGAGAAAACUACAUCCUCCGAGCCCUCAGGGACAGAGACUGAGCCAAACGCAGCACUCUAACCCCAGUGCAUCAUGGAGAUGUAGUCCGAAGAGAAAGUGCCCAGGAAAAAGGGAAGAAAGCAUGAAAUGACCGGAGGAGGAGACGCGUGUGCCGUAUUGACCAAUUAGUGCCUUAAACACCAGUAACGACUGAUAGCGCUGCUCACAUGCUCUAAUAAAGAGAUUGCAAGAUAAUUACAUAAUGUUGAUUUUAAUGACGUUCUAAACAGUGCCUAUUUAUUACUGUCAGUGUGUGUGUGUGUGUGUGUGUGUGUGUUAGUUUUAAAGCACUGUUCACGUCUAGGUUAAUGAGUCUCUUUACGUUGACCACCACUGGCAGAUGAAAGACUAGUUUAGUCCCUCUCUGUUAGAUAAAUAAUGAUUUGAUCUGUAAUAUGCAUUAUGCGCUCUAAUAAAUAACUCUCACUACUCUG